UUUGUUGCCCUGUUCAUAGCAAUUUGUAAAAAACAUUACUUUGCUGUGUGUACAGUAGUUUUGGUCUCAAGCUCUCUGUGUGAUUCUCUCUUCUUCUUCUUCUUCUUCCAUGGCGACGACGGGAGCAAGAGAGCCUCUUCCCUGCUGUUCCAUCUUCACGAAGUCUAGCUCCCCCUUCCCCCUCUGAUUCGAUCCGACUUGUAGAGGCUCAGCAUCUAGUCGGGGUCGACACAUACUUCUAUCUUAACAGGUGGUGCUUGUGGGUCUGGUGCUUGACAAUGGCUGAGUCCAGCUCAGUUGAUGUGAUUCUUGAUUUUCUGCGGAAGAAUAAAUUUACAAAAGCAGAGGCAGCUUUUCGUAGCGAGCUUGGUAAUCGCCCUGAUUUGAAUGGUUUCCUUGAGAGACUUGCCCUAGAAGAGGACUCGGUUAAAUCAUUGCCUGAGCAGAAUGGUGAUAAGCCAACUGUUGUAAAUUUAGUGUCUAGCAAUCAAAAUAGUGGUGAAGUCUCCACAGAACUCAUUGUUAAAGAAAUCGAGUGCGGAACUGGUAGAAAUGGCUCGGAAAGCAAAUGGAAGAAUGCUGCAUCAUCUGCAGAGCAUGGAAAACCAAAUGAAGUGAGUGGGGCAGCUGAUAAAGGCUUUAGUUUUCCUAAAGGUUCGGAUGAUGCAGUUCUUGAUCUGUAUACAUGGAAGUUUAGUCCAAGCAAUGGACCUGGUGUAACUGCCGUUUAUAGCAAGAGUAACGACUUCUCGAAGCUUAAUCCUGAGCCUCCACAGUGCUGUACAAAUGAUGCUCCAGAUGCUGGUAAAGCUGAUGCAGUCUCUGGGGAAGAGAUUAUUUAUUCCGGCGGAAAGAGAAGUUCGUGGAUAGGGAGCACCAGUAAAGCCCAAGUGGAGCCGAAGUAUGACAAAGUUGUCACAACUGAAUGCAAGGAAGUUGACCAACAGCACAAAAUUAGUAAUGCAUACUCGAAAGGAAACUUCGUGGAUAAUCCAUGGUCCAGAAGUGAGGUACCCACAACGUCGUCAGCUGAGUUGUGGAAAGAUUGUUCUGUCAAGACUGUCUUUCCUUUCUCCAAGGGGGAUACGUCCAACAGCUCUGAUCGCAUUACUGGAUCUGACAAGAGAGAAGGAAAGAAGAAAGCAGAGACAAGUGACAUCAGGGCAGCGAUCAAAGAGCAGGUAGAUGAGGUGGGCAGAGCAAUGUAUUUUGGGAAAACAACAGGGAAUACUGACCAAAAGUACACGAGCAGCUUGGGUUUUCCCCCAUUAUUUGACACUCCAAGGGAAGAGUUGCCAAGGUUGCCCCCUGUCAAGCUUAAGUCAGAGGAUAAGUCCUUGACAUCUAACUGGGAAGAGAAAUAUGACCAGGAUAGACUGAAGAUCCCAGGUGCUGAUAGUACUUUCCUAAUAGGGUCCUACCUAGAUGUUCCUGUUGGACAAGAAUUAAGCUCUUCAGGUGGGAAACGGCUUGCUGGAGGCAGUUGGCUCUCAGUCAGUCAUGGAAUUGCAGAGGAUACUUCUGAUCUGGUGUCCGGUUUUGCAACAGCAGGUGAUGGGUUAAGCGAGUCCAUUGACUAUCCAAAUGAGUACUGGGAUUCUGAUGAAUACGAUGAUGACGACGACGUUGGCUACAUGAGACAACCUAUUGAGGAUGAGGCAUGGUUCCUCGCUCACGAAAUCGAUUACCCAAGUGACAAUGAAAAGGGAACAGCCCAUGGGAGUGUUCCUGACAUGCAGGAAAGAGGUCCCACAAAGGAUGAAGAUGAUCAAUCUUUUACCGAGGAGGAUUCUUAUUUCUCAGGGGAGCAGUAUUUUCAGUCGAAAAUUGUUGAACCUGUCACAGCAUCGGAUGACCCACUUGGGCUGGCAGUGAGUGAGGUGUAUAAGAGGGUUGAUGAUAAUGAUUUGAUUGCACGGUAUGAUGGGCAGUUGAUGGACGAGGAAGAACUGAAUUUUAUGCGCUCUGAACCUGUAUGGCAGGGCUUUGUUACACAGUCUAACGAACUUAUCAUGUUAGAAGAUGGGAAGUUGCUGAGUGACUCUGCUCGGCCACAGAUCGAUGAUACACGUACAGAUGAAGAUCAACACAGUUCUGUCAGAUCAAUUGGUGUGGGCAUUAAUAGUGAUGCUGCUGAUAUUGGCAGUGAAGUUCGGGAGAGUUUAGUCGGAGGCAGCAGUGAAGGUGAUGUAGAGUACUUCCACGAACACGAUACUGGAAUUUCUGGGUCCCGAAAUUCGAAAAGUGAAGCACAUGACACAUAUCCUGGUGGGUCGAAGGGGGACAAGAGGAGAACUGAGAAGCAGGAUUCUAGUAAACAAAAAGUGGGGAAUGAUAAGAGUGUUGGAACACAAGUGAAGGGUCAAACGGAUGGGGGUUUUUCAUUUGUUCCACCUCUGAGAGAUGAUCAUUUGGUUCAGGUGGGCUCCAGCAAACCCCUUUGGUCGAACAACUCUAAUGCUCUACUUGCUUAUGAGAAUGAAGAGACACUGAAUGCUUCGGUCAGCAAGAAUGAUGACAUGCUUACUACAUGGAAGAGAAAAGGCAGCGAUUCUUCAACUGCUAAAAGUUCACCAGAUGAAAAUAAUGCAAAUGCCACAAGAUCGGCCAAUUCUUCUCCCUCCUCGCUCUCGAAUUAUGGAUAUGCUGAGAGAAUCUCAAUGAAGAAAGAAGCAGAUGAAAAUGUUGGCAGUGCUAGGGAGGAGGAUCCUGGAGCAAUUCUCGAGGAUGAAGAAGCAGCUGCAGUGCAGGAGCAGGUUAAACAAAUCAAGACUCAGGAAGAGGAAUUCGAGACCUUCAAUCUUAAAAUUGUCCACAGGAAGAACAGAACGGGCUUCGAGGAGGACAAGAAUUUUCAUGUCGUUCUGAACUCUGUAAUUGCUGGGAGAUAUCACGUUACAGAGUACCUUGGUUCUGCAGCUUUCAGCAAAGCUAUACAAGCACAUGAUCUGCACACAGGCAUGGAUGUCUGCAUGAAAAUCAUCAAGAACAACAAGGAUUUCUUUGAUCAGAGCCUUGACGAGAUUAAGCUACUAAAGUAUGUCAACAAGCACGACCCUGCUGACAAGAACCAUAUCCUCCGAUUAUACGAUUACUUUUAUUACCGGGAGCAUUUGCUAAUAGUAUGCGAGCUGCUAAAGGCAAAUUUAUACGAGUUCCAUAAAUUCAAUCGAGAGUCUGGCGGGGAGGUUUACUUCACGAUGCCACGGUUGCAGUCAGUGACCAUUCAGUGCUUGGAGGCACUUCAAUUUUUGCAUGGCCUUGGCCUCAUUCAUUGUGAUCUGAAGCCUGAGAAUAUAUUGGUGAAGAGCUACAGUAGAUGUGAGGUGAAGGUCAUCGAUCUUGGGAGCAGUUGCUUCGAGACAGAUCAUCUGUGCUCCUAUGUCCAGUCGAGGUCAUAUCGUGCUCCGGAAGUUAUCCUGGGACUCCCGUAUGAUAAGAAGAUAGACAUUUGGUCAUUGGGAUGCAUAUUAGCUGAACUGUGCACUGGCAAUGUCCUUUUUCAAAACGAUUCGCCUGCAACGCUGCUUGCUCGUGUGAUUGGUAUCAUCGGCCCCAUCGAACAAGAAAUGAUGGCUAAGGGACGAGACACGUACAAAUAUUUCACGAAGAAUCACAUGCUCUAUGAGCGGAAUCAGGACACCAAUAGACUUGAGUACCUGAUCCCGAAGAAAACUUCCCUGAGGCACAGAUUGCCGAUGGGUGACCAAGGCUUCAUAGACUUCGUUGCUCAACUGCUCGAAGUGAACCCAAAGAAGCGGCCUUCCGCCUCCGAGGCUCUGAAGCACCCAUGGCUCUCGUACCCUUACGAACCCAUUUCAUCUUGAGCCCCUCUGAAGUGUGGCACAGUUGCCCUUUCCGUAUAUUUUGCUCGACAGGUGUCUUAUCAGAAGGGGAAGGAGGCAUGACCCCGAAACACAUUCUUUGCCUGUUUGUUCGGCCAUCUGAGAAGGGUCUCCAAGUAGGUCCACCCCUUCACACAACCGCCCGCCUUAUAUCUCCAUGUCCGCAACUCUAGUGUCAUAGGCGGUAUUGGUUUCUCAUCCUCCCUAACGAUACGAAGCUUUGUUCGAGUUAUUUCCUCCGGUGGAAAAAGAAGUGAUUUCCGCACCCGGAUUGUAUCGUCAUUAGUUUGCCAUUCCCUUUCUUUAUCUCUGUUGUAUGGUGGGAUGAGGACUCCUGGAAAGUGUUGUAAAUGAUGUGUGAUAAUUCUUUUUUUCACUUCAUUAGGUUAUUCAGUGAUAGCUUUUGUCAAUUUAUACGUCC